UGUUAUGAUUGAACUAGUAUCAAAGCAAGAACAGCAAAUUAAUGGCCAGAAUGAAUUGGAAUACAGGUAGCAAAACAGCUAAGACUACAAAUGGAGAGCCUCGUCUCAAGAAAUCCAAAAUAGAAAUAUUACUUGCCGAUGAAAAUGAUGAGAAUGUGAAUGAAGAGAAUGAUUUGCCAAAAGAUGUCGUCGAUCGUGCCCAAAAAGCCUUAUCGAUGUCUGGGAUCAAGCCAGGAAUCUUGGAUCCUUUCAGUGUGUCUCUUAUUAAAACUGUAAAGGACGAAGAGAAGAGGGGCAUUAUCGAGUUGCAUGUUGUGGCAAACAGCCUAUCAAGUUCUAUCGAUAAGCAAAACUCUGUCAUACUGUUCACACUGCAGUCGCUGUUUUCCCAUCAGCUUCCCAAGAUGCCCCGCGAAUAUAUCAGCCGGAUGGUGUUCGAUCCAAAGCACAAGAACUUGGCCCUUAUCAAAUCGAAGCAGACGAUUGGCGGCAUUUGUUUUCGUACGUUUGCAUCGCAGGGCUUCACCGAGAUUGUCUUCUGUGCCGUCUUGAUGUCGGAGCAAAUGAGGGGCUAUGGCAGCCAUUUGAUGAAUCAUCUGAAAGAUUAUAUUGUACCGAAGGGCAUCAAGAAUUUGCUCACAUUUGCCGAUUUGAAUGCCAUUGGGUACUUUAAAAAGUUGGGCUUUUCCCACAAAAUUCGAUUGGCCCGACCGGUAUAUCACGGAUAUAUCAAGGAGUAUAGUGGCGCUACUCUAAUGCACUGUGAACUGCAUCCAAGUAUCGUAUAUACGGAGUUCACAUCGAUAGUUCAACAACAAAGCAAAAUCCUCAAAGAGAUCAUACAGGAAAAGCAAACUGGGCCUCAAAACAUUCGGCGGGGUCUAACGUGCUUCAAGGAGGGUUUUAGAGCUAUACCCAUUGACUCAAUUCCAGGUCUAAAAGAUGUCGGAUGGAAGCCACAAAUAAAUACAAAUCGUAAAGCGCCCAAUAAUAACAACAUUGACGAAUUAUUCGAUCCUUCAAAACUGAUGACCGUCUUCACAUGCGUGCUUCAAGCUGUUCGUCGUCAUCCCUUGGCUGCGCCAUUUCUAAGUCCCGUCAAUACAAGAGAUGCCCCCGAUUACUAUAAGCUAGUCAAAUAUCCGAUGGAUCUGUUCACAGUUGGACAGCGUCUAAGCCGAGGUUAUUACAAGACUCGUCGCCUCUUCAUGGCCGAUAUGGCCAGAAUCUUCUCGAAUUGUCGCAUGUACAAUUCCGUUGAUACCGAGUAUUAUUGCAGUGCCAACAUCUUGGAGCGCUUUUACCAAAUCCAGAUGCGUCAACUGGGUCUGUGGGACAAGAAAAUAAUCGAAGAUGACUGAU